AUGAAUACUAAACUCAGGAUCAGCAUUUUGCCUUUUUUUCUGAUGCAUGUCUUGUGCUCAGACAAUAUGAACGAAGCACUAAGUAUCAUUAAAAACUUAGAAGAUUUGAAAAUCUGCGAUCUCCAUGAUAUGGACCUUGAGUUCAUAUCUCCUGAAAUGAUGGAGGCCCUGAAAAGGAACAAGAAGAUCAGGAAACUCGAUCUUUCAGAUAAUAAGCUGAAGGAAUUACCCUCAGAUUUUGGGUGUCUGGAGUGGAUUGAAGAGGUAGAUGCUUCUAACAAUAGGAUAAGAAGGCUCCCGCGCUCGAUGAAAAAUAUGAAGAAUCUGAAGGUACUCAAUCUAUCUAAUAACAGAUUAAGGUUUUUCCCAUGGUAUCUCUUGAAGCUUAGGAAGGAGGGGAUAGGCUCUUUGAGAAUGCUGGAUCUCAGAUGUAAUCCUUUCUACAGGAUAUAUCAUACUUCAAUUGCAAGAUUCCUCCUGAAUCUGUUCUUUGGAGAAAUUGUCAAGACAGGGACAGAACGGGAACAAGUCUCCUCAACAGAUUAA